GAGAGCGAUUCGUCUCCGGUGCAGCCAAAGCGACAGCUGUCAAAGUAGCAGGGGCUCCUACGAGCCAGAACCUAAAAGCAGAAUACGGAUGUUGGGGUUUUUUAAAGGAUGCAAGAUAAAAGGAACCUUAUUGAAAAUGGAAGGGUGAAUAUAUUUUCCCUGUGCUUCUGAAUUCUUGCUGGUUUUCUGAUCUGGAGCCGAUAGCCCUUAACAAUUGGUCCAUACUAAUGGAACUGUGUGAGAGAUGCCAUAAUUUUGCUAUAAUGGGCUGUAACCUCGAUUCGACCCCAGCCCUGCGUGCAGCCACUGGCUGGGAAGGGUGAAAAUCUAGCUUGUCUCCAGACGGUGGCGCACGAGGCCGCCUGACAGUCAGGAGCUGGCGGCGGGCUCGCGCGCCGGGCACGCGCCCCAGCCCUUCUGCAUCCACCCAACUCCCCCAUUUAGUGCACGAGUUUACCUCUAGAGGUCAUCAGGCAGGAUUUACGACUGGACAACAAAAGCACGUGAUAUGAAGCCGUACCCCAUAUUUGGGUGCCUACGUAGGAGGGAACCAAGUACAUGUCCCAGUCAUUUCCAUAAUUCAUCAUAAAUUGUGCAAGGGUGCUAUAGACGCACCAAAAAACGAAGCAAAGAGCCACAAAUCAAGCCCCCCGAUCAAAAAAAACAAAAAACAAAUGAGCUCUUAUUUUGUAAACUCAUUUUGCGGUCGCUAUCCAAAUGGCCCGGACUACCCGUUACAUAAUUAUGGAGAUCCUAGUGCCGUGAGCGAGCAAUUCAGGGACUCCGCCAGCAUGCAUUCCGGCAGGUACGGCGGCUACGGCUACAAUGGCAUGGACCUCAGCGUCGGCCGCUCGGCUUCCAGCCACUUUGCGGCAGGGGGCCCCACGGAGAGGGCUCGCGGCAGUUACCCCUCCAGCGCCACCAACGCCGCCCCCGAGGCCAGGUACGCCAACCGGGCGGCGGCGGCGGCCACGGCGGCCACUCACUCGCCUCCGCCUGACCCGCUGCCCUGCGCCGCCGCCGUGGCCACCUCGCCUGUCAGCGGCGACGCUCAUCACGGCGGCGUGAAAAACUCCACAGCAAACUCGACCAGCACUUCGGCCACUUCCAGCAGCGGCGCCAGCAGCGCCAGCAGCACCAGCACCGGCAACAAUCCCCACCUAGGCAGAGAAGUGCUAAGUACGUCGCCUGGCACUGAAGAUGACACCCCAGCCAGCGGCGAGCAGGCGAAUUCCCAGCAGAACGACCAAAGCACAGCCCAACAGCCUCCACAGCCCCAGAUCUACCCCUGGAUGAGAAAACUGCACAUAAGCCAUGACAACAUAGGGGGACCCGAAGGGAAAAGGGCUCGGACUGCUUACACCCGCUACCAGACCCUGGAGUUGGAGAAAGAGUUUCACUUCAAUAGAUACCUGACCCGCAGGAGGAGGAUUGAAAUAGCACAUGCUCUUUGCCUCUCAGAGAGACAGAUCAAGAUCUGGUUCCAAAACAGGCGCAUGAAGUGGAAAAAGGAUAACAAGCUGAAGAGUAUGAGCAUGGCAGCGGCGGGAGGAGCCUUCCGCCCUUAAGAGAAGCCCCCGGCCCUGCUGCUGCUGCUGUUGCUGCUUCCUUCCCGGAAAACAAAACAAAACGAGUACUGAGCAGCAUUAUAUGAGCUGACCCUGCGUGGAAUGUCAGUAGCCUCUCUCCUUCUCUCUCGCCCUUUUACAUUGACUUGCUCUAACUUCCCCGGGAGGCCGAAGGAGCCCCCCUAAGCCCAUCUUUUAAUCAUGAGCCUGUUUUAAUUGAUCCUCUCUAGCGCGUGUUACCAGUAGAUCUGCUUCCCGUGCAUUUCUUUGUCUUGAAUGGCUUUUGUCUUGAAGGAAAAAAAAUGUAGAUGUUUUAACUUAUUUAUAUGAAGCGAGUGGUGUUACUUGAAGUAACUGUAAAAAAAAAACCCGAGGGGGGGUGGACCUUUCACGCAAAAAGUGAAGGAGAGCGAUCUGCUCCUUCCUUGGUUCCCCCUCCUUCCCCUCUGGCUCUCUGCGCCCCGCGUUCCAGUCCUGUUUGAAUCCCUAUGUUCUCUGUGUGUGUUGCACUCGCUGUGCUUAACUGUGCAUGUGUGUUCAAAACGUGUCAGUGUCUGUAUAGCUCCAAGCUGUGGCCAAGAUUUCCAAUCAGAAACUACCUAUCUAAUUCCUGUGUCAUUAAUGGCUGUUGUAGAGGUGAAUUAUGAUGAAAUGCAAACUGAACGUGUCCUAACGUGUAGUGAAUAGUGAAUCUGUGACGAAAACUGUGAUUCCAGACAGUAUGUCCUUGCUGUGCCUUUGUAUAUGACUCUUUGCACGAAUUCUUAGAAGUGGCUUUUUAUUAAGCGCAGCUUCAGUAACGUAUCUUUUUAAUUCUCUCUCU